ACGCCGGUGGCUGGGGGAGUGAGAAAGAAAGGGAGGGAGCCGGACACGGAAGUGGUGGCAGCGCCUGGGGAGCAGGUGGAGGCGGUGACCGGGACGUCUGAGACGAGAUCCCAGCGCCGAGGGGAGCGGACAUGCAGAAAGGCAUCCGCCUUGUAGGACAUACAUGAGGUGCAGGAGCGGCUGGGCCUCCCUUCUCCGCCUCAGCGAGCGCCCAGAGUGAUGGCGAUGGUGAUGGCGGCAGUGCCUCGGGCAGCCCCAGUGAAACUGCGCUUCGGGAGAUACAUCCAGAAAGUGCCCAGAAGAAACUUCCUGCCAGAAAAACUGAAAAAGCAAUAUUCAUAAUACUGGAAUUUGUGGAUAAUUUGUUAAAAUGGCAGAAAGUAGUGAAAAUAAUAGUAAAAAUGUAGAUGUAAGGCCCAAAACUAGUCGGAGUAGAAGUGCUGACAGAAAGGACGGUUAUGUGUGGAGUGGAAAGAAGUUAUCUUGGUCAAAAAAGAGUGAAAGCUGUUCAGAUGCUGAAACAGUGAAUGCUAUAGAGAAAACUGAAGUUCCUUUAAGGAGCCAAGAAAGAAAGCACAGCUGUUCAUCUAUCGAGUUGGAUUUAGAUCAUUCCUGUGGGCAUCGAUUUUUAGGUCGAUCUCUUAAACAGAAACUGCAAGAUGCUGUGGGGCAGUGUUUUCCAAUAAAGAAUUGUAGUAGUCGGCACUCUUCAGGGCUUUCAUCUAAAAGAAAAAUUCAUAUCAGUGAACUCAUGUUAGAUAAGUGUCCUUUCCCACCUCGAUCAGAUUUAGCUUUUAGGUGGCAUUUUAUUAAACGACACACUGCCCCUAUAAAUCCCAAAUCAGAUGAAUGGGUAAGCACAGACUUGUCUCAGAGUGAAUUGAGGGAUGGUCAGCUAAAACAAAGAAGAAACGUGGAAGAAGAGGUAAACUGUUUCCCACAUACUAUUGUUCAGCCCUGUGUCAUAACCACCAACAAUGCUUCAUGUAGAGAUGGUUCUAUGACUGGCUCUGUGAUGAACCUGGUUUCAAAUAACAGUAUAGAAGAUAGUGAUACGGAUUCAGAUGAUGAAAUUAUAACACUUUGCACAAGUUCCAGGAAAAGAAACAAACCCAAAUGGGAAAUGGAUGAAGAAAUCCUGCAGUUGGAAACACCUCCUAAGUAUCACACCCAGAUUGAUUAUGUCCACUGUCUUGUACCGGACCUCCUUCAGAUCAAUAACAAUCCAUGUUACUGGGGAGUUAUGGAUAAAUAUGCAGCUGAAGCUCUACUAGAAGGAAAACCAGAGGGUACCUUUUUACUUCGAGACUCAGCACAGGAAGACUAUUUAUUCUCUGUUAGUUUUAGACGUUAUAGUCGUUCUCUUCAUGCUAGAAUUGAACAGUGGAAUCACAACUUUAGCUUUGAUGCACAUGAUCCUUGUGUCUUCCAUUCUCCUGACAUUACUGGGCUCCUAGAACAUUAUAAGGACCCAAGUGCCUGUAUGUUCUUUGAACCACUUUUAUCCACUCCUUUAAUUCGGACUUUCCCCUUUUCCCUGCAGCAUAUAUGCAGAACAGUUAUUUGUAACUGUACAACUUAUGAUGGCAUUGAUGCCCUUCCAAUUCCUUCUUCUAUGAAAUUAUAUCUGAAGGAAUAUCACUAUAAAUCAAAAGUUAGAGUACUCAGGAUUGAUGCACCAGAACAACAAUGCUAGGAAUAGAGUAGGAACUUGGGAAUGAUUAUAUACAUAUUUUCAUUUAAUAUUUUAUUUUUCUUAUUAUGCCACUUUGAAUUUUUCUACAAGGGCAGUUAAGAGUCCAAAAUAAACCUCUGCCCUAAAUUUUACUUCCAAAUCAGUUUAUUUUUCUUAUGAUACACUAAUUGUUUAAGGUUACACAUUAGGGGUUAAU